AUUCCACAAAUGAAAUGUCGGACACAGUGAUUUCAUUAAUUAGUCAUUCUAUCACUACAGUAUUCUAUCUCGUUCCACUAAUAAUCGCGUUAAUUAUACCAUUCAGCCUUUAUUCUGGAUUCCGAAGAAAAUCAAAAACCGUUGCAUUUUUCCAUCCAUAUUGCAAUGCCGGUGGAGGUGGUGAACGAGUUUUGUGGGCAGCGAUUCGUACGAUGCAGAAAAAGUUCCCGGAUCACAAGUAUUUUGUAUAUUCCGGAGACACUGACGCCACCAAGGAGCAAAUUCUAUUGAAGGCUCGACAAAGAUUCGGAAUUGAACUGGAUCCUUCCAAUAUUCAAUUCAUUUAUUUACAUUGGCGUACUCUAGUGGAAGCUCGUCACUACAAGCACUGCACAAUGCUUUUUCAAGCACUUGCCGGUCUCAUUCUCGCACUAGAAGCCUGGUUUCGAAUGGUACCAGCAGUAUUUAUCGAUUCAAUGGGAUAUCCACUAUCACUACCAGCAUUUCGUCUUUCUGGAUCAAAAGUUGUCGCAUAUGUUCAUUAUCCGACAAUUUCAUGUGAUAUGCUCGAUGUUGUAGAGUCAAGACAAGAAACAUUCAACAACUCAAGCACAAUUGCUCAAAGCAACGUUUUGUCUUGGGGAAAGUUGACCUACUACCGUUUGUUCGCCUGCCUUUACUGGUUAGCUGGAAAAGCUGCUCACGUGGGGAUGGUCAAUGGAAGUUGGACUCAACGACAUAUCACUUCGAUUUGGUCUCGACGAGAUGUGAGUAUUGUAUAUCCGCCAUGUGAUGUUGAAGCAUUUUUGAAUAUCGAAUCAGUUGCCGAGAGCUUAUUGGAGGACACAAAAACCGUCCGUCUUCUAUCUGUAGGACAAAUUCGCCCAGAAAAGAAUCACAAACUUCAACUGGAAGUACUACAUGAUGUUAAAGAACCAUUAGAGAAAAUGGGAUACAAUGUCGAGCUGUGUAUUGCAGGUGGAUGUAGAAAUGAAGAAGAUCAGGAAAGAGUUAAAAUGUUGAAAAAUGAGGCUGAAAAGUUGGAUAUUUCGGAGCAAUUAAUUUGGCAAUUGAAUGUUCCGUAUGAAGAUUUAGUGGUUGAAUUAUCGAAAGCUCUUAUUUCAAUUCACACAAUGCACAAUGAGCACUUUGGAAUCUCAGUUGUCGAGGCAAUGGCUGCUUCAACAAUAAUUCUUUCAAAUGAUUCUGGUGGUCCACGAAUGGAUAUUGUUAAAGAUUAUGAAGGACAUUGUGUAGGAUAUUUGUCAAUUACAAAAGAAGAAUAUGUGGAAACAAUUUUGAAAAUUGUUGAAGAAGGACUCAAAAAGCGGAAUGACACUAGAAAGUACGCCAGAAAAUCGUUGACAAGGUUUGGAGAAGCUGCUUUUGAGACUCACUGGAACAAAGAAAUCGAAAAAGUGCUGUGAACAUUUUCAGUUUCAAAUUAAUCAUAUUUUCUCCCGUUUUCUUUAUUUUCUUUAUGGGUUUUUGCUUUAUAGUCAGGUUAAAUUCUUCUCCAAUGAAACUUUCCUAUGGA